CUAAUUAUUUUUAAUAAUGUAUUCAUACAGAUAAAUUUUUUAUAUACAUUGGAACAACCGGAGAGAAAUCUGAUAUUUUUUGAUUUUUUUGAUUUUUUGUUGUUGUUGGGAGGAAUUUGAGAAGAAUCGGAGAAAAAUCUGAUUUUUUUAAAUUUUUUUGUGGUUUUUGGAAUUGGUAUAUUUGGAAUCUGCAUGAGCGAGGCGGUGGGAGAAGAAUUGUUGUUGUUGCUGUUGAGGGGAAUUUGAUUUUUUGGCGCAACAUGUCUGCUGUGGUGUGCGGUAAGAGAUCCAAUUUUUUUGAAGAUUUGCAGUCAUCGCCGUCUCCGCCGCCGGUCCCGAAGAGGAUCCGUUGUUCUCCGUCUUCGUUUUCUCCGCCGCCAUCCUUCUCGACUCCGUCGGCGAUCGAUCAUCUCAUAUCGGUGUUCCCUGAUAUGGACAAACAGUUGCUUGAGAGAGCUCUAGAUGAAUGUGGUGAUUUGGAUUCUGCCAUCAAAAGAUUAAAUGAGCUUCGCUUGGGGUCUGCUGAGAAUUUGGGGCCCCUCCCAGGAAGAUCUGAUGCUACCCAGGACAACGGCAUUCCGAUCUUAACUCAAGGUAAUGGUGGGCCCACACCAUGCUCAUCCGCAGCAAAAGAACUGUACAUGAUGGAGCGUACUGAAUGGGUGGAGCUGUUUGUUAGAGAGAUGACGAGCGCCUCAAAUAUAGAUGAUGCUAAAGCCCGUGCUUCACUAGCUCUUGAGGCCUUUGAGAAGUCCAUUUGUGCCCGUGCAACAGAGGCAGCAGCUCGAAAUUUCCAGCAGGAACACAUAAUGCUCAAGCAGCAGGUAGAAGAUCUUCUACAAGAGAAUAAUAUUUUGAAGCGAGCAUUUGCUGUUCAACAUGAGCGUCAGAAAGAGUUUGAAGAUAGAGGGAAUGAGGUGAAUCAGCUGAAGCAGAUGGUGGCUCAGUAUCAGGAGCAACUGAGAACGCUUGAGGUCAAUAACUAUGCGCUGACGAUGCAUCUCAAGCAGGCGCAACAAGGGAACUCUAUCCCCGGGCGUUUCCAUCCCGAUGUCUUUUAAUGUGUAUUAUGUCCUCAUUAAUGGAUAGGAUAGCAAUAGUCAUGUCCUACCAUAGCUAUAAGCAACACAUAAUUUUUGGGAUGAUACUUAGCCAGAAUAUGUGUUUUCUUGUUGAAGCCACCUGGUGCUGUUAUAAGCCAAAGGGUAGCUAUAGUAUCAAAGUAAGUAAUUAGACAUGGUUUUACUUGCUUUUCUGUUGGUACUUCAAAUUAGACAAUUGAGUUUAUACUUUUCUGGUCUUUUAUUAGUGAUAAGAAACUAUUUGACUUAUAA